ACCGCCGCUUUUAUUGUAUCCUACACCAUUCCUAUCAUCUUUUUAUAUACAUACAUGUAAUGUUACUGGAAUACACUUGGUUGGUAUAUAUAAAUAAAUAAACCCCAUUUUCUUCUUCAUCUUCUUCUUCUUCUUCCUUGAAAAUGAGGUCACAAUUUCCUAUGAAUAUACUAUUGUCCCUUUUUAUGUCACCACAAUCAUAACCCCCAGAUCUUCUUCUUCUCCUCUAUUCCUAUCCAUCCAAACUCAACUCAAAGCGAAGCUCUAAAUAAUAACAAUGGCCGACGCCGAGAACUCAUCAGCAGAAGCCAGUGCGUGUUCUUCACCUCCUCAAGCUUCAUCAAUGCCACCUCCGCCUAUCAAGAAGAAGCGCAAUCUCCCCGGAAUGCCAGAUCCAGAUGCUCAAGUGAUUGCGCUGUCGCCUAAAACGCUACAGGCUACCAACAGAUUCGUGUGCGAGAUUUGCAGUAAAGGAUUUCAGAGAGAUCAGAAUCUGCAGCUUCAUCGGAGAGGUCAUAACUUGCCGUGGAAGCUCAAGCAGAGAAGCAGCCAGGAGAUUAAGAAGCGUGUUUACGUCUGCCCCGAAGCCACCUGUGUCCACCACGAUCCCUCACGGGCGCUUGGGGAUCUUACGGGAAUUAAGAAGCAUUUUAGUCGAAAACACGGGGAGAAGAAGCAUAAGUGUGAGAGGUGUUUAAAGAAGUACGCCGUGCAUUCGGAUUGGAAAGCCCAUGUCAAGACUUGCGGUUCUAGAGAGUAUCGAUGUGAUUGCGGAACUUUGUUUUCUAGGAGAGAUAGCUUCAUUACACAUAGAGCAUUUUGUGAUAUUUUAGCUCAGGAAGCGGCUAAAUCUCAGCCAUCCACCACCGCUGAAGAUGCUGAUGCUGUCAAAGAUGAUGAGGUUCCGCGGUUGAAUCCUAUUGCUCAAGAUGCUGAUGCUAUGAAAGAUAUUGAAGCGGUUCCGCUGUUGAACCCGCCUCCGUUGCCAUCGAGUCCGCUGCUGCCUAAUACACCCACAACCGGAGUCUUAUCUCCAUCGAGUCCGCUGCCGCCUAAUACACCCACAACCGGAGUCUUAUCUCCUGUUCUGUCGAUUCAGAGUUCAGAGAUACAGGAUAAUCCUAGUGGGGUUUUGCAACCACCACCUGACACCACGAGUGCAAGUGGCUCCUCCACCACCAGCAGUGGCAAAGUAAGUAAUAGCAGCGGCGUAUUUGCGAGUAUAUUUGCAUCAUCAACAACAGCUCCAGUGGCGGUCUCUAAAUCCCCACAACCACCAUCUUCGUACACUGACUCCCUAUGUGUCAUGCCUGGUUCUGACCGAACUCCCUCGGAAUUCAUCUCACUUUCCCUGUCAUCGUCCCUAUAUUUUUCAAGCACUUCCUCACCUUUAUUCCCAGCUUCAUCCCAGUGUCUGUACACGGCAUCAUCACAACCAGCAUUAUCGGCGACUGCAUUGCUACAAAAAGCAGCUCAAAUGGGUUCAACCUCAUCGAGUUCCUCGUUCCUUCGUGGCCUUGGAUUAUCAAUGUCAUCAGGUCCAGCGGACCCCCAAGAUGACAUGAUGGCCUCACCUACAACGCAAUGGAAUGGAGGCAGUACAAUGAACAAGAGCAAUAACCAUCCACUGGCCGCUGACCUUGGACUGGGAUUUUCUUCCGAUACUAGGGGUUCGCACUUGACGAGCCUCAUGUUGGGUGGCUCAUCAUCUUUGUAUGGAAAUAAACCGACAACUCUUGAUCUGCUCGGGCUUGGAAUAGGAGGAGGUGGUGCGCUUUCCUCCAAUGGGUACUCAUCGUUCUACAGUUCCAUCAGAGGUGGGCUCGAUGCUCCAUAUGGAGAUGUGAACUCUGCUGGAGAAACUUGGGAUGAUGCUUCAGAUAGGAAGCCAACAUUCCUCUAGUGGAUGCGGGUAUUAACUUUUUGUUGCCUUCCUGUGCUGCCUGCUAGUGUAGACUAAGCACGUCUGCUGAGGGUUCAUUUUGUUAAAUCUGCUAGCAGUACAUUAUCGAAAUUGUGAAUUGUAGAAAGAAUGGAAGGGCAAAACAGAAUUAGGGGUGAGUGGUCUUGUUUAUAGUCAUAAGUUGUAUGUUUGAGCAGCAGUUAGAGAAUGAGAUUAAGUAGGUGUGUUGUGUACUUGUGUUGCGUUAAGUGAUUCCAGCUCUCUAUUCACUUUUCAGCUUGAGUUGUUAGUUUUUUUGUUGCAAGAGGAUAUGCAUAAUGCAUAAUGUUGAUGACUGA